AUGUGUAUGCUGAGAAGAGAUGUUUUUGUGUGUAAUAAGUGCCAGAACAUUUUUACAUUCUGUUUUAGCCCCCGUCAAAAAAAAUUAAUACCAUUAAUUUGUGUAGUGAGAGUCUUUUCUACGGCUAAAUUGUGCUUUAUUCUUGUUGCGACAAGAGGGAGUUGGCUGUGGUUAACAAAGGAGAGUUCCAGAGACAACGAUCAGCCAUACACCUUUAGUAAAUCGAUCCUUCACAUUUGGCAGAACAAAUCGACAUUUCGUCCUAAAUUAUUGCUAUCGGGUUUUUUGACAGUCAUUUUUUUAAAGAACGUCAAUCGUCACUUGAACUACUUUAACGGAGUAGAGUUUCACGAGUUCCUUUUUAGUGAAGAGGAUGAAAAAAUGAGUUUGUCAGAACAUUGCGCAUUAAAGAUCAAUUUCAUAGUUUUCUCAUUCAACCUGACGCCCGAUGUUGAUUCGCGCAUCCUUUUAACAGCCACUCAUGAUAGAAAACAAGAGUUUUUAGGUCUUUCAAAGCACAAUAUUUCACCGCCUACAAACUUAUCUUUGGGUGUAAGAAACGGGUUUGUAGUAUAUAUGCAACAAAUCCGAUUUAAUGCCGACCCCACAUUCCAAAUAAUCCAUAUCGUCUAUUUGAUCUAUAUAUCGGAUUGUCGCACUAACAUUAAGAAUGCUGCUUAUAGGAUAUAUACUAAACUUUAUCUGCUUACAUGUAUGUUUCUUGUUCUUUAUGAGAAAUGGAUUAGUGAUGUUGCACUGCACUGUAUUAUAUUGUAA